AUGGCGAAGCGAAAACGUGUUCGUGAGUCUGCACGUGUGGGAGGUGAUGUAAAAAGUAAGGAUGUCGAAGAUGCGGUCGUGCUUCCACCUGUAAUAUCAUCAGAUGAACCUCCCAAGAAACAGCCAAAGUGGACAAACAGAGAGAGAGUAUUAGUGUUUAGCUCUAGAGGAAUAUCUCACAGAACUCGGUAUCUGAUGAAUGAUUUAAGAUCCUUAAUGGCCCACAGUAAACAAGAGUCAAAAAUGGACAGAAAAGAUCAGCUGUUUGUUAUCAAUGAGAUUUGUGAAAUGAAGAAUUGCAGCAAAUGUGUGUUCUUCGAAGCUAAAAAGAAGAAAGAUCUGUAUAUGUGGGUUUCAAAUUGUCCAGCAGGUCCAUCAGGAAAGUUUCUGGUCGAAAAUGUACAUACCAUGAUGGAACUGAAAAUGACUGGGAACUGUUUGAAGGGAUCUAGACCUUUACUCUCAUUUGAUCCGAUGUUUGAUACAGAACCCCAUUGGUCACUGUUAAAGGAACUCUUCACACAGACCUUCGGAACACCAAAUUUCCAUCCGAAAAGUCAGCCCUUCUUUGACCAUGUGUUCACUUUUUCCAUAGUAGACAAUCGAAUCUGGUUCAGGAAUUAUCAGAUACUAGAGGAGGAUGGUUCCUUAGCAGAAAUAGGUCCAAGGUUUGUGUUAAAUCCAAUCAAAAUAUUUGGAGGUAGUUUUGGUGGCCCUACACUGUAUGAAAACCCUAAAUACAGAUCUCCCAAUGAGUUGCGGAGAGAAAUGCACAAAAAAUUUGCCCAGAAAUAUAUUUCUCGAGUUCAGGCCAAGAAGUCACUAGAGGAGAGACAACCAGAUGCACCAUACAACAGGGAUCCCACAGACGAUGUUUUCCAGGUUAUUCGUCCAGAGGAUGCUACAGGCAAAACCAAAAGCAGAAACUCAUAGUGAAAUAUUCCAAAACUUACAAUAUCGGAAAUAUUAUCCUGGUGGUAACUUGUUGUCAUGUGAUGAAUGAUCAUCAUCACCUUCAGUACAUCAGUAGGUGGAGAUUCACUUCUUCAUCUGAGAUUGUGCUUCAGGUUGCGAUAAACCUCAACAACAACUAGCAUACAGAAUCUGUAUUCUUAGCUAUAAUAUUAAGCUACAAUCCAUCAUGUUGAAAUAUAUGACUGAUGGUACUUGGUGCUUUUGAAAGACAAGUUGUUGUGAUGCUGGCACAUCAUUUAUCUUGUUCAUUCUAUCAAGGAGAUACAAAAUGCUAUGUUGUUGGUUUAUCAGUUGAAAAGUUCACAAAGUUCAAUAGGACAGACAAGUUCCUCUUUCCAAGUCUUAUAUAAUACAAAUUUUGAUAGUAAUAUCCAAAUGGAUUAUCUAAAGCUAUUGUAAUGGCUUGCUUGGUGCUACUCAAAUGUUCAAGUAGUAUGAAGACGAUACAUAAUACUGGUGUUGUAUACCAAAGUACGACUAGAUGGAUACAGAACCUAGGUAUAACCUAGGAGACCAAGCACUUUCAUUAGAAAGGAAUUGAUUUUGAUUAACAAAAUACCUAUUUCACUUUCAUUUUUAAGUUCAGCAAAUAACGUACAUUGAUUUCCAGUUCUUGGUACAUGUAUUAAUAAAGAUGUAUUAGAAAGCA